AUGGAAACCAACGCCCUGAAAGAUACAAGAAUGGAGACUUUUAGGGUCCCUUCUAGAAGCCGUCCACUUUCUGCUUCCUCAUGGCUGCUGCUGUUGUGUGUUUUUUUAACCUGCACUCUUGCUCUCUUCACAGCUCUGAAGAGGCUGAGGGACUCGGCCAAUGCCAACGAUGUGGAAACAGUGCAGCAGCUGCUGGAAGAUGGGGCAGAUCCCUGUGCGGCAGAUGACAAGGGCCGCACAGCUCUACACUUCGCCUCCUGCAAUGGCAACGAUCAAAUCGUGCAGCUGCUUCUGGACCAUGGGGCCGAUCCCAAUCAGCGAGAUGGGCUGGGGAACACGCCACUGCACCUGGCGGCCUGCACCAACCAUGUUCCUGUCAUCACCACACUGCUCCGAGGAGGGGCCCGUGUGGAUGCCCUGGACCGCGCUGGCCGCACGCCCCUGCACUUGGCCAAGUCAAAGCUGAGCAUCCUGCAGGAAGGCCACUCCCAGUGCCUGGAGGCUGUGCGGCUGGAGGUGAAGCAGAUCAUCCAGAUGCUAAGGGAGUACCUGGAGCGCCUAGGGCGGCAUGAGCAGCGGGAACGGCUGGAUGACCUGUGCACCCGCCUCCAGAUGACUAGCACCAGAGAGCAGGUGGAUGAGGUGACCGACCUCCUGGCCAGCUUCACCUCCCUCAGCUUGCAGAUGCAGAACAUGGAGAAAAGGUAGCAAGAGGGGCUGGCUCCCUG